UUAGUGGGUCACUCCCUCACCAUCUCCCCUUUGCUUGAUUCCAAAUCCAGCCUGGUACACGUUCACCAUCCACCCUCCAUUCCCCAACCCAAACCCCAUCUCGACCGUCCAUCUCUCCAUCCCCAGAAAACGACACCGCAUCUAACCACCGCUUUCCUUACCUUGCAUCACACUCUCUAUAGUCCAAGGCCCCUUUCCAACAUCAUUCCAGCUCUUCUUUCCCUUUCAUUUCUUCAAUUUUAUAGCUCCAAAAAUCCCAGCAGAAAAAACCGACCGUUUUAAUCCCUGCUGCAUUGUAAAGAAAUGUUGAAUUUCAAGAUGUUUUUGCCGGUUAUUUGUCUAAUUUUGAUUCUUUCACCGGCGAUUUCCUACGCCGACGAGUCGGCGGUGCCGUCGAAAGUGGUGAAGGUUGUGAAGGGGAAGAAGUACUGUACAAAGGGGUGGGAAUGUUCGACCCCAUCUGUUUACUGUUGUAAUCUGACGAUCUCGGACUAUUUUCAGACUUACCAGUUUGAGAAUCUGUUCUCCAAGAGGAAUUCGCCGGUGGCUCAUGCCGUUGGGUUUUGGGAUUACGAAUCUUUCAUUCACGCAGCUGCUCUUUUCCAGCCUUUGGGAUUUGGUACCACUGGAAACAAGACUGCCCAGAUGUUGGAGCUUUCCGCAUUUCUUGGUCAUGUCGGUGCCAAAACUUCUUGUGGUUAUGGGGUAGCCACAGGGGGGCCCUUGGCUUGGGGUCUAUGCUACAACAAGGAAAUGAGUCCUAGCUCAAUAUACUGUGAUGAUUACUUCAAGUUAACCUAUCCAUGUGCUCCUGGAGUUAGUUACCAUGGUCGUGGUGCACUACCUCUUUAUUGGAACUACAACUACGGGCCUGUUGGUGAAGGCCUCAAGCAAGAUCUUUUGAACCAUCCUGAAUACCUUGAACAAAACGCGACUCUGGCUUUCCAGGCUGCAAUAUAUCAAUGGAUGAAACCCCAGAAAAAGGGACUACCUUCUGCUCAUGAUGCAUUUGUUGGCAACUGGAAGCCCAACAAAAAUGAUACUGAAGCAAAACGAGUUCCUGGUUUUGGGACAACCAUGAACCUCCUCUAUGGAGAUUCUGUUUGUGGUCAAGGUGAUAUUGACAGUAUGAAUAUCAUUAUCUCCCAUUAUCUAAACUACCUUGACCUUUUGGGAAUUGGGCGAGAAGAGGCAGGGCCUAAUGAAGUACUCAGCUGUGCUGAACAGAAAGUGUUCAAUCCUUCCUAUACCCCCUCAACUUCUUCUUGAAAUGUAAUGAAUCUUAGCAGCCAGUGUCAUUUUGUGGACCAAAUUAUCUCUGGCAAAGAACCAUAUAAUAAAAAGAACAAUUAUGAUUUGCCUUGAUUGUGUGAAGAUCAGUUAGUUGGAAACACAGCAUGUUAAAAGCUGUUUGAUGUGUUCUUUAUAUAGACUUUUGGCAUAAUUUUUGUCCUGUAAUAUUUGUUAGUAUAAGAGAUUUGUUGAAUUCAUGUACUGUAUCAUGUAUACUGUAAUAUAAUCAUGAAAGUUUGUGAAAGUUGUGAAAGUUUCAGUUA